AUUUUUUUUUCUUUUUUUCAUCCAUGUUGUAAAUAUUUAUUCAUGCAACUACUUCAUUUUAGAAGUAUGUUGCCUGAAUAUUUUUAUCAUCACAAAGGUGACAACUGAUUAAUUCAGUUUUGGCACACUGCCAUAUAUGAUAUAAAGCCCAGGAUCCGAAGAAGAGCAGCUAUUUCAUUCUAUGGGACAAGAAUGUUCAUAUUAAGUGUAUAAUCUUUAUAAUAUUAAGGAUACCAAAGUUAAACAUUUAAUCAUCAAGAUAUGCCUGUACAGACACCUGCCUGGACAGAAUUCUUAUCCUGUCCAAUUUGCUAUAAAGUCUUUGAUGGGAAGAAUCUGUGCCCUAUUAGCCUUGCUUGCUCUCAUACAAUCUGCAGGACUUGUCUGUCUAAACUUCAACAGAAGAAGUGCCCAUUUGACCAGAAUCUCAUAAACAAGUCCAUCAGUGAGCUACCCAUAAACCAUGCCUUACUACAAUUGGUGGGUGUAGCCAUAGCCCCAAACUGUGACAAUAAUGUGUCUGUCCCACAGGAAAAUAUCAACAACUAUGAAUCGGCCCGUCACUGUAUUGAGGCUUUGGCUCUCUACCUUAAACCACUCUCCACAAGUGUUGUACCAGGCCAAGUUGUCAACAAUGGCAGCACACAGGUGACAGCAAUAGGAGGUUCCUCUGUGAAUAGUACAGGGAAUUCUCUAAACAACUGUAUGCUGAGCCGACCAAUGCAGAGGAAACUUGUGACUCUGGUCAACUGUCAGUUGGUGGAGGAGGAGGGGCGUGGCAGGGCCAUGAGAGCUGCCCGGUCACUUGGUGAACGUACAGUGACAGAGCUCAUCUUACAACAUCAGAAUCCACAGCAACUUUCAUCUAACCUAUGGGCAGCUGUGAGGGCAAGAGGCUGUCAGUUUCUAGGACCAGCUAUGCAGGAGGAGGUAUUGAAACUAAUUCUGCUUGCCCUGGAAGAUGGCUCAGCCUUGUCACGUAAAGUGCUGGUCAUGUUUGUGGUUCAGCGCCUUGAGACCCACUAUCCACAGGCUUCUAAAACAGCUAUAGGCCAUGUGGUGCAGCUACUAUACAGAGCUUCCUGCUUUGUGGUGACAAAGCGAGAAGAGGAAUCAUCACUGAUGCAAUUGAAGGAAGAAUGCAGGACAUACGACGCCUUAAGACGUGACCAUGACUCACAGAUAGUACAGAUUGCUAUGGAAGCAGGUCUAAGGAUAGCCCCUGACCAAUGGUCAUCACUGUUGUACGGUGACACUACUCACAAAUCCCAUAUGCAGUCAAUCAUAGAUAAACUGCAGACACCUCAGUCCUUCUCACAGAGUGUAAACGAGCUGGUGAUUGCUCUACAGAGGACAGGUGAUCCAUGUAACCUACAGAGACUGAGGACACAUCUGGAGUUUCUUGCUAAUAUAGACCCCUCUCCAGAGGCACCACCCCCAUCCUGGGAGAACCUGGAGGCAGUAAUGAAGGCAGUGCGCAGUGUAGUCCAAGGACUAGUUGACUUUGUAAAGAGCAAUGGACACAAAAAGUUGGAAAACACAACUGUUCAUAAUUCUCGAUACAAAACCAGCAUGUGUCGAGAUUUUUUACAGAAAAACAGUUGUCCUAGAUCUUCUAACUGCACAUUUGCUCAUUCCCAAGAGGAACUUGAUAAAUACCGAUCACGGACCAAGAAAACUGGUAAAGUUUGUAACACACCUCCUGACUAUGAAGAUUUCCCAACUAGUGACGGAGACAGUAUUCAAGUAUCAGAAAAACUUAAAGAUGAUAAUUUUGCCACAGGAUACGGUAACCAAAGGAGUAAACCUCUGCCUGAUGUUGUGACAGCCAAAGUGCUGACUUCUUUGGCAAAGUCAAUGUCUUCACUAACCUUUGCUCAGGCCAAGGGAUUGACAUCAGACAAGAUGACAGAAUCCUCAGAGACAGGACCACGGAUGAGCUCUAUAGUAGUACCUGGAAUGGCACCUCUUAUUCCACCCCCAAAUACCAUGCAGCCCCCACCUGUACAAGUGCCGCGUAGUCCCUACCCUCUAGACAUGUACCAGGGACAGAGACCCCCUACUCAGAGGACCCAUGGCCCUGGAGUACCAGCAGGAUCUAGACCAGUAUUUGGAGGUGGCCAGAAUGUAAUGACUGGCAGACCAGGAUUUCAAUCCAUGCCAAGGUAUAUGACGGGUCCCUACAGACCCCAGUACAACAACCAGCCUCAACCACAACCACAAGUCCAGUAUACCGGUGGUGUACCUUUUAGACAGCCAGUAGAUCCUGGCCUGACGAGAAUGCCUUUCCCACAACAGCAACAGCAACAACCUCCAAUUGGCUUUGUAAAUUACAACUACCCGCACAACUCCAGUGCCCUCAACCCAUACGCUGAGCCAUUUCAAGGUGGAGGAUCCAGGCCCCUUACACCAGAGGACCAAAUCUACCCUGUUGUAGGAAACUACCCAGAAGGAUUAAACUAUCAACUUGGAACAAUGCCACCUGGGCAAGGGCAGGCUAAAAUUCUAAAUGAUCUACAUCAUCGCCGAGCAGAAAUUUUAAAUCGACUGUUCAACCCAGCUGAUGAUCUUCUUACAAAUAGUGAGACACCUACAUAUUCAAGUAAUGUAUUACCACAAUCUGAUGCAGAUGACAUGCUUCGUGGCGAUAUUCAUUCUAAAAAGAGCAUGUUCCACAGCAGCCUGGGCCUCUAUCAGGGCAGUUUGCAAUCUUCUCAGAGUGAGGAACAGGAUUUAUUUAAGAUGAUGACAGGACAGAGAAGUAUGAUUGGAACUCUUUCAGAGCAAGGAUGUGAAGGGUCUCCUGCAGGUAGACAUGGUUCAGCUCAAGUAGACAAAAAACGUGGUUCAAGUUGGCAGCGAGACUACAACAAAAGUCAGUUGUUAACAUCCUCAAAACAGCCAACAAAGGAGAUUCUAGGUGUGGAGGAGUAUAAAGUGACCAACCAAAAUUAUAGUAUUGCUAGUUCUGAUUUUUCUCAUCAACAAGAAAUAUCCAGCUCCUCUAAAUGGGUAAUGGUACAGCCAGCCAACUUUGGAGCUCACCAUACCUCUGAAGAAAGUUGUGACAUGACUGGCUCAGCACCACAUUCAACAUUAGGAUCCUCUUUUUCUGUCCAGAAAUGGGACAAGUCACAGGCAUAUGGUAACCGUGACCAAGUUCAAAACAUGACAAAUUCUACUGGCAAGACAAGUGGUCAUAACAAAUCUGAUGUUUCCUAUUGGAGAGCAAGCAAUAACAGUAAUAGGAACAGGACAUUCCACACAAAGAAUGACAGAGAGAUAUCGGAGUCGUCCAACCUUAAGCCAGAUAACAUUUAUGCACACCAGCGCCACUUAAUUGAACAUGUCUCCAGAAAUACAUCUACUAUAUCCAACCCUAGUGAUACCCCAGCUGCACUGGACACAGGAUGUGCUGUGUGGUCAAUUGAUGGUGUUGAUGAUGUCGUGUGGAAUUUCACUGACACCCAGGCUGUAUCUAACCAGGCAAGUGAGGAGGAGGACCUGCUGAAGGAGGAGCAGAUAAACAGCACUGAGUUUAUGUUGAAUUGGCUCCAUGACAUCCCAGAUGAACCAACCCCAAUCGAACCUAUGGAUCAGUUCAUCUUUCCAUUAAGCCGUGCCUUGGAUCGUAGGGAAGAUGAUGCCAUUAUACCGUUUGACUCCACCCCAAUGGUGUCUCGUUUUGGUCCCAUUUCACGAUCUGCAAGGACCAAGUACAAAAAUACUGAACCUGUUCAAGUCACAGCCAAUGAUGUAAUGAAAAAGGUGACUCCUGUGACUGCUGUUACACCAUUAGACCACCCAAAGCCCACAGCCAAGGCCCAGCCCAGUUACAUGUCACCUGUGGUGGAGACAUCCAAUACAGCCAACACUGCCAGGUGGAGGAGGCCCAGUGAGUUGGAGAACUGUGUACAAAGAGAGCUGAGUCGACUAGAACAACAAGCUCUCAAGGCUGAUACAGAGAAUGAGUUUUUGGCUUGUGAGCUAAAAGCUGUAGAGUUGCAGAUAUCACUGCAAACUGAGAAAACUGUGCCACAACCAGUUGCAGAAGCUCCAAUCAUAAAGCCUGACAUUCAUCCAGCUGUUGAGGUAGUUGUCCCAGUACCUGUUGCUGUCCCUGUAAAGACGGACAGUCCUCACAACCCUCCAGGCAUCUGGAGCAGUUUUGAACUUCUCAAGGCUGCAUACACACGUGGACAGACAAUGGAUGACUUGCGAGAACUGUUAAAGCAUGUACCAAUCGGAGUGGACAAACCUAGUGGGCCACUCACCCAACAGGAAGAACAGCUCCUAAAGGAUGUCUUUGGUGGGGAAAUCCCAAGCAGUGCAAACUUACAGGCCUGAGUUACUCCUUUUUGUUGCCUAAUUAAACUGUGUGCUGUGUGGCCACUAACCCCGAAUGAAGUAAGCUGAAUGAGGAGAAACGCUUAUGAAUAUGAAGAUAAUAUAAGGGUUGUUACAAGAUAAAUGUCAUUAUAGACCCCAUUAUUGUGUAUUGGUGUGUCAUGUUGAUAUGUUGUUAGAAUAAUUGAUAAAACAUUUUGACUCAUGUGAGAUAUCAAUAACUGUGAAUUGCUUUGAAAUUAUAGGAGAAAAAUCUUUUAUCACAAGGAUGUGUUGAUGUGAUAAACAUUCUCCUUGUCUGUACUUACCUGAACUGAGUAACUGUUAUCAUAUCUACAUUUAAGGUUAGAAUGAUACACAAAGUGAUUUAUUGUUGUCAUAUCUACCUUUAGGGGUAGAAUGAUACACAAAGUGAUUUAUUGUUGUCAUAUCUACCUUUAGGGGUAGAAUGAUACACAAAGUGAUUAACUGUUAUUAUAUCUAAUUUUAGGGGUAGAAUGAGUUUAUGGAAUAAACAAUAUCUUGUUAUUUUUGUUAAUGAGGUUUGAUAUAUUUGUGUAUUACUUUUCGCUGUUUUCAAACUUUAUUGAAUUAUUUGCAUUUAGUCUUGGCAAAUAGAAAUAUGUGGUAACGUUUUUAUUUUAAAGAUUUUUCACGACUGUGCUUGAUGCUUGAAGAGUUUCUGAAUGUUUGAUUUCCCUUGUCAUAUGGCAAAGAUUAGAGUGGAACUAAUAGACUUAACAAAUCAUAUAGAAAUGAACUUCACAACACUAGCACUUUGUACAGUAUGAUGAACAGACUAAUUUUAUAAAUCAGUAGAUCAUCUCUGUUGCAAUGUCUGAUAUGCUAUUCUUUGGAUAGACGAGUUCGAGUCUGUCUCUCUUUGUGAUGGAAGUUAUCAUGAUUUGUCCACCUUGCACAGACAGUGGGUUCAAUCUGCGUAUUAAUCACAAAUUUAAUUACAACACUAGUUCACUUAGAGACACGUGUAAAAGUAUUUGUAUUAUUUUUCUAAGAAGUGUAUUAACAUAGACUUAUUACAUUUUAUAUGAAUUGAGUUGAAGGAAAAAAGGUUGAAUUUUGUCUUUGUGAAUGUUUUUCAAUGAUCAUGAAAAAAGGAUGAAAAAAUUUUAAGUUAUGCUUAUGUGGAAAAAAUUGUGUUUAAUUCUGUGGGCUGAAAUUCUCUAAAUUUCUAUUUUAUAUUUUGUUAAUUACACUGAGUUCACUUGAAUAUCAGGUUGUGUAUCACAACUGUUUUGACAGAUUGUUGUCAAAUAAGCUUAUAAUGCAUGUUGCGUUUUUACUAUUUGGAAUGUUCGAUUUCAUGCCCUAUGACAAGAAUAAGGAACUAGUGACAUAGCUGUCACAUAAUUUUUGUAUGAUUUGUGUAUAUAUAGCAUCACACAUUACUUUGUACCCAAUGAAUUUAUUACCAGAGACAUUUAUAUAGAAGCUAUUGCUAACAGUCUAGUUAUGGAACCCUAAGUUUUGCAGCUGGUAGCACUAGCCUUCAUACAUUAAUAUGCACAUCUGCCAAGGAAUCACGCUUUUUAAUGUUUUUCCAUAUUAAGCUUUUUUAUGCAUUUUGUGUAGAGAUUUACUUUUUGUAUUUCACCACAAGUAUACUGUUUAGUUUUCCCUUAAAUUACUGAGUGAUUGGAAAUGUGAUUAAGGUGUACCAAAGUGUAUGGUAUUGAUCCAAGUUAAUGAAACAAAUUUCAGUGUAUAAAAUGUAGGGGAUUGGAUUGGAUUACUGCUGUGUCCAUUUGAUAUGAAUUUUGUUUUCAAAAUUUUAAUUUUUUGGUUAUAAUGCAGAUUUAAGCUUGUUGAUUAAAAAAAAUGAAAAUCUUCACAUUGUUGAUUUCAUGAUAUCAAAGUAUCAUACUAUUAAAAUCAAAUAUGAAUAUUUAUUUUGGAAAAAAAAAUUGCUUCAAAAAUAAUGUCUUUUAUUAAGGAUAAAUGAAGUACACUUUGUGAAAAUGAAAUUUUUCCUAUAACACAUAUUCUAAUGCCUGCAUCAGAAAAAGAAGUGCAGCAAAAUAGUAAGUUUUUGCUUUUAAAUUACUUUUUUAAAUCUAACCUUUCAAAAAAUCAUCACCAGUUAAAUACUGGAAUUUUUUCACUUCUAGAGUACAUCCUUAAAUGUUAAGUAUAGGUAGCCGGUAGAAAUGAACCUUUGUUACCUAGUAAUCCUAAAACGAUCAGAGAAAAUUAAGAAAUACUGAUCAAUACCAUACUGAGAUAGGCUGACUUUCAAGAAAGGUGAUUGUUAUUGAAUAAUACAUGUUUAAUAUGUAUUAGGGAAAAGAAGUACAGUAAGACCAACUUACUCUUAGCCUUGUAUGACAUAAUGUUGGAACAUUUUUAUGAUAGUGGAGUUGUAGUCCAUGUUUAUUAGAGGGCUAAAGUAAAAAGUGAAUCACUUGAAAGCUCGGAAUUAUUUGUACAAAAUGGCUUGUCAUCAGACUAAAGAUCUGCUUCUGUAUCCAUUCAAUUUUCCAUAUUCAAUUUGGCUUUGUUUGUUGAGAGUUCUAAUCUUUGUGAGAACACUACUGAAGGUAUACCAAGUUUUUCCAAGUUCUUCAACGACUCACAAUAUUAUAGGUUAUUGACACAUUAUUCAAGAGGCCAUGAUAUCUCUGUCAGUAGUGUUGGCCUAUGUAACCUCAUGUGAAGAUCCGAGGUGCAUGGUUUGACGCCUCUUACUGAUGAGUUGUUUUUUUUUUCUUUUUUAACUGAGAAUUUGACCGGUAUGUGCCGAUGUGGGUGAGUUUUUAGGAAAGACACUUCACCCUUAUUGUUCUGGAUGGCUUGGGAUGAGUUUCUUAUUUGUUCAGUGAGGUAGCCACCAGCUACUGCAAGGAGACCUGCCUCAAAACGACCAUGGUUGUUCAUGGGGUGAUGAAUACAGCAACAGCUGAUUUAAUCAGGUUAUCUAUGGAUCAGCCUGCCAUUGGUUUGAUCUGCUUUUGAAUGGAUACAAAACCAGGUUUUUUGAAUUGUGACAUUAUAGACAUAUGGAUAUGUUUAAGUUUGUCCAUAUUUUAACAUGUGUAUGUAUAUAUAUAUGUAUUAAACAGCAUAUUGUAUUCUUCAGAACCUCAUUUCUUCAAAGUGCAAAUUUUAAUAAGAAAUCAUCUUUGAAUUUACUUUUCAAAAACUAAAAAGCGCUGUUACAGUAAUGUAUGAACUAAGUAUUGGAUAACGUAUAAGACUGUUGCAUUUGAAAAGCAAUCAUUUAUAAUCUUUUAUGCCUUUUUUGUGGAUAAGUAUUCAGAAUAUUAACUGUUGUAUUUGUAGACGAUACAAGGACAUUGCUUUGCCUGCAUUUAAUAAUAGUAACAAACAGUACAUGUUUCAAUAAAUAUAUAUAUUAAUGAAUGUCUGCAUCAGACUUUGGUAUCAAUUAAUGCUAUGUUAUUACAUUUUUUCCUAAUGGAAAUAUGGCUUUUAUAAUAUGCUGAUUUAUACAAACCACUUACUAGCAUCAGAAACACUUUAGUUGUUUUUAAACUAUGAUGUCAUUUUGUAACAUUUGCAAACAUUUUUGAAUUGAUAGUACUUUAGAUAAAAUACCAUUUCACUAUGGAAUUCAUUCAUAUUACUUUUUGAUGAAGAAAACAAAAAACAUACUAAAUUGGAUACUUGCACCAUGCAGUAAGGUGAUAUCAAGUUUUCUAUUGAGAAGUGUUUCACUAUGUAGAAACACUGUAUUCUCUAUGUAUUUAUCUCUGUUUAUUACGAGUGCUCCCUUGUAAUUAAAACUGUUUUCCUUGA